AUGGUACGUGCUAUUACAACAGUUGAAGAACUUCAAGCUGAAAUAAACAAUGAAAAAAAUAAAGGUAAAUUAAUUGUGUUGGAUUUCUUUGCAACAUGGUGUGGACCAUGUGUACGUGUAGCACCAAAAAUUGAAGAUUGGAGUGCAGGUGAAUAUAAAGAUAAAGUCAUUUUUCUUAAAUGUGAUGUUGAUCAAGCUGAAGCUGUUUCACAAGAAUAUAAUAUUGAAGCAAUGCCAACAUUUGUUUUUAUUAAAGAUGGAAAAGAAAUUCAUCGACUUGUUGGUGCCAAUGUUGAUCAAUUAAAAGCCGAUAUUGACAGUAAAAGCAAAUAA